AUGACCCCCUGGGGCGUCCAGAGGCCUCCGCAGCAGGUGGUGGACAGAUCCCACCCCCACCCUGGGGGUCUGCUCACCCAGGGCUGCUUGCAGGUGGACAGAACCGAGGUGGUCCAGAGCAGCCUGCAUCUGGUCUUCUUCAAGGUCUUCACACUGGAGUACUACUUUGAGGAGGUGCAGAAGCUGCGCUUUGAGGUCUACGACACCCAUGGGCCCAGCAGCCUUAGCUACCAGGAUGAUGACCUCCUGGGGGACAUGGAGUACACCUUGGGGCAGAUCGUGGCCCAGAAGAAGGUGACCCGAGCACUGUUGCUGAAGUUCAGCAGGAACGCCGGCAAGUCCCCUAUCACGCCUUGGCGCUCUCCCUCCGCCCGGGUGAUAGCCGGGGACAUCUCUGGGAACAACGGCCAUGUGGAGCUCUCCCUCCGUGCCAGGAAGCUGGAUGACAAGGACCUCUUCAGCGAGCCGGACCCCUUCCUGGAGCUGUACCGGAUCCACGAUGAUCAGCGUGAGCUGCUGGCGUACAGGACGGAGGUGGUGAAGAACGACCUGAGCCCCACCUGGCAGCCUUUCAAGGUGUCUCUGAGCAGCCUGUGCAGCUGUUAGGAGCUUCGGCCUCUGAAAUGCCUCGUCUGGGAUUAUGACUCCCGCGGGAAGCACGACUUCAUCGGAGAAUUCUCCACCACCUUCGCGGAGAUGCAGAAUGCCUUCGGGGAGGACCAGGCCCAGUGGGACUAUGUGAGCCUCGAGUACACGCAGAAGAAGCACAGUUCCAAGAACUCGGGGGUGGUCAUCCUGGCAGACCUGAAGGUCUACAGGGUGUACUCGUUCCGGGACUACAUCAUGGGCGGCUGCCAGAUCCACUUCACGGUGGCCGUUGACUUCACGGCCUCCACUGGGGACCCCAGGAACAGCUGCUCCCUGCACUACAUCAACCCCUUCCAGCCCCACGAGUCGCAGGCCCUGGCGGCUGUGGGCGAGACCUGCCAGGACUACGACAGCGACAGGAGGCUCUCUGCUUUGGGGUUCUGAGCCUGGAUCCCUCCCAAGUAUGAGGUAGGCGAGCCCGGGUCCCAGGACCCCUGGCUGCUGCCUCUCCUGCUGGGAACCAGCUACCGUGUGACCGGCGGUGGGCAGGUUGCAGGGACCGCCUGCCGGCCAGAGGUGGAGGGAGAUGCAGCUGCCCUGCAGGGUCCCUGUGGCCCCUCCCCGCUGUGUCCCCAGCAGUACUACAUCCUGCUGAUCCUGACAGACGGCGUGGUGGCCAACACGGCGGACCACACACGUGAGGCCAUCAUGCGCGCCUCCCACCUGCCCGUGGGGAUGGGCAACGCCGACUUCACCAACAUGCAGGCCCUCGACGGCGACGACGGUGUCCCGCGCUCCCCACGGGGCGAGCCUGCCCUCCGUGACAUCUUGCAGUUUGUGCCCUUCCGGGAGCUCAAGAGCGUGUCCCCUGCGGCGCUGGCCAAGAGUGUGCUUGCCGAGGUGCCCAGGCAGCUGGUUGAGUAUUGCAGCCACAAGGAAUGCCUCUGAGAGACCUCGGCGAGACCAGCCCGGGCUCCGCUCCGUGAGGACACACGGUGGGGGGCCGGCCAGGACUGUGUCCACCAUCUGUCUCUAGCACCCUCCACCCCGACUCCGCAGGGGCCUCCCGUCCCCCAGCCUACACCCACCAUUGGCUCCUGUGACCCUGCUGCCUGGUGGGCCAGCCUCCCUCCGGGUCCCAGGGCUGAAGGAGGGACAGGUCCCCCUGGGCACGCCUGACCCUGCCUGAGCCUGGUGGGUGGGGGAGGGGGUC